CUGGAGCCUGGAGCUGCCCCAGCUCUCUCAGGAUUUGGCAGACAUUGGAGGUGGUGGUGAAGGAGACAGUGGUGGUCAAUGUUAUUUGAGCAGGGUCAGCAGGCCCCGGAGCUUCCUGAGUACACGAUGCAGAAGGCUGCUUACUAUGAAAGUCCAGGACUCUUCGGAGGCUAUGGCUACAGCAAAGCUGCUGACACUUAUGGCUAUAGUGCCCCCCAUCAGCCUUAUCCACCCCCUGCUGCUGCCAACUCCCUGGACACUGAUUACCCGGGCUCUGCCUGCUCCAUCCAGAGCUCUGCACCUCUGCCAGCCCCAGCCCACAAGGGGGCUGAACUCAAUGGAAGCUGCAUGAGGCCUGGCGCUGGGAACAGUCAGGGAGGUGGGGGUGGCAGCCAGCCUCCUGGUCUGAACUCAGAGCAGCAGCCACCACCGCCCCCUCCUCCCCCACCAGCCCUGCCCCCAUCCUCGCCCACCAACCCUGGAGGUGGAGCACCUGCCAAGAAGGCCAAGGGUGGGCCCACUGCUUCUGGCUCCUCAGCCACCAUCAGCAAGCAGAUCUUUCCCUGGAUGAAAGAGUCCCGACAGAACUCCAAGCAGAAGAACAGCUGUGCCACUGCAGGAGAGAGCUGCGAGGACAAGAGCCCACCGGGCCCAGCGUCCAAGCGGGUGCGCACGGCGUACACAAGUGCACAGCUGGUGGAGCUGGAGAAGGAAUUCCACUUCAACCGCUACUUGUGCCGGCCACGCCGCGUGGAGAUGGCCAACCUGCUGAACCUCACCGAGCGGCAGAUCAAGAUCUGGUUCCAGAACCGGCGCAUGAAGUACAAGAAGGACCAGAAGGCCAAGGGUAUCCUGCACUCGCCGGUCGGUCAGUCCCCGGAGCGCAGCCCGCCGCUCGGCGGCGCCGCGGGCCACGUGGCCUACUCGGGCCAGCUGCCACCCGUGCCCGGCUUGGCCUACGACGCGCCUUCGCCGCCCGCCUUCGCCAAAUCUCAGCCCAACAUGUACGGCCUGGCUGCCUACACGGCGCCGCUCAGCAGCUGCCUGCCGCAGCAGAAGCGCUACGCGGCGCCCGAAUUCGAGCCCCACGCCAUGGCGAGCAACGGCGGCGGCUUCGCCAGCGCCAACCUGCAGGGCAGCCCGGUGUACGUGGGCGGCAACUUCGUCGACUCCAUGGCGCCCGCAUCCGGGCCCGUCUUCAACCUGGGCCACCUCUCGCACCCAUCUUCAGCCAGCGUGGACUACAGUUGCGCCGCGCAGAUUCCCGGCAAUCACCACCACGGACCGUGUGACCCUCAUCCCACCUACACAGAUCUCUCGGCCCACCACUCGUCUCAGGGACGCCUGGCCGAGGCCCCCAAACUGACGCAUCUGUAGCGGCGGCCACCGGCCCGAACUCGCGGCGCGAUUACCUCUUUUGCUUGGGUGGCGGGGGGUGGCGGGCGGGGCCCGCGGGGCAGCUCGGUGACCCCCGCCCUCGCUCUGGCCCGGUCGCUGUCUUCCGGUCUCGGGCCAACAGCGGCCGAGGCGCAGGCGUCUGGGCCUCCUCUCCAGGCUCGCCCUGCUUUGGGUGACUCGCCAUAAAUCAGCCGCAAGGAUUCUCCUCUGUAAGCCUGACAGUGCCACAUAACUGCGGACCGAGGGACUCUAAUCUGGUAAUGGUGUCCCGAAGGUAAGUCUGAGAUCCAUCGGCGACGCGCCCUGCAGAGGGUCCAGAACCCGGAGAGUCCGGGCAUGGCCCGCGUCUAGUUUAGUUGCGGAGACCUUAAUUUAUAUGCUUCUUCCCGUCCCGUAAAGAUUGCAUCGGACUCAACGAUCUGUAUUUAUUAUUUGAAGCGAGUCAUUUCGUUUUCCUGAUUAUUUAUCCUCGUCUUAAUGUAUUUAUGUGUAUAUCUGUAGAAUUCUCCAGCCGAGCUUAGGAACGCGCUCCCAGGCCGCGGGGGCCACAUUUCACCUCUUUAGUCCCCUUGGUCUGAACUAGUUGAGAGAGUAGUUUUGAACAGUUGUAACCGUGGCUGGUGUGUGUAGUUGAUGUAAAGGAUUAAGACCGCAAAUUGUCCUUCACGGGUAGAGUCAGGCGGCCCCAUGGCGUGGCAUGACACCCGUUAUUCUCUUCCCAAUAGCCACAGCCCUCGCCACUCGACACAGUUUAUUGAUUUCAAAUUGUCUGGUACUAUUUGAACAAAUAUUUAGAAUAAAAAAUUUUCUCAGUC